UUCCAGGUAAAAUCCCGUGGAAAAAGCCCCUUCGAAAACGUGACAGUCCUGUUCGAAAUCAACCUUCCGAUAAUGACCGCCGAAACUUCGGCGUAUUACCUGUGCGUCAAGCACAACAAAACGGGCUCCUUCAUCCACAUGGGCAACGAACCGUGGCUCAAGAUGACGUCUUACGAAAAAAUGGUGCCCACAUGGGCCGCCAUCGUGAUCAUUUGCCUGUGCCUGUCGUUUUCCUCGCUGUUUUCGGGCUUGAAUUUGGGUCUCAUGUCCCUGGACAAGACCGAGCUGAAGAUUCUUUGCAACACAGGCACGUUGAAAGAACGGAAAUACGCCAAGGCCAUCCAGCCCGUGCGAAACCACGGUAAUUACCUGCUGUGCUCCAUCCUGCUCGGUAACGUGUUCGUAAACUCCAUCUUUACCAUCCUGCUGGACGACCUCACGUCCGGCCUCAUCGCCGUCAUAUUUUCCACGCUCGCCAUCGUCAUGUUCGGCGAGAUCACGCCGCAAGCCGUCUGUUCCAGGCACGGUCUGGCUAUUGGUGCCAAAACUAUUUGGAUUACAAAAGUGGUUAUGGUUAUCACUUUUCCAUUGAGUUUUCCGAUUUCCAAGAUGUUGAACUGGGUACUGGGUGAGGAAAUCGGCAAUGUUUAUACUAGGGAAAGGUUAAAGGAGUUAGUUAAGGUUACAACCGGCGAUAAUGACUUGGACAAGGAGGAAAUAAAUAUUAUCAGCGGUGCCUUGGAACUGCGUAAGAAAACCGUAUCUGAAGUUAUGACGAAAAUAGAAGACGUUUUUAUGUUGGACUACGAGACAACUUUAAACUUCGAAACUGUGUCUGAAAUCAUGAAAUCAGGUUAUUCCCGAGUGCCGGUCUACGAGACCAACCGCCAAAACAUCGUGACCAUGCUCUACAUCAAAGACCUCGCUUUCGUCGACCCCGACGACAACACGCCCCUGAAAACCUUGUGUCAGUUCUACCAGAACCCCUGCAACUUCGUUUUCGAAGACGUCACUCUCGACGUGAUGUUCAAGAUAUUCAAGGACGGCAACAAGGGCCACAUGGCCUUCGUCCAUAGAGUUAACAACGAGGGAGAAGGAGAUCCGUUCUACGAGACCAUCGGCUUGAUCACGCUGGAGGAUGUCAUCGAAGAGCUGAUACAGGCCGAGAUUAUGGAUGAAACUGACGUGUUUACUGAUAACAGAUCAAAAAGGAAAAGAGACAAAACAAGACAAGAUUUCAGCGUUUUUGCUGAAAGACGUAGCGAAGGAAGCAGCAGGAUACGAAUAAGUCCUCAGCUAACCUUAGCAGCCUUCCAAUACCUUAGUACAACCGUGGAACCGUUCCACCCUCACGUGAUAUCGGAAACGAUCCUGAGAAGAUUGCUGAAGCAGGAAAUCGUUUUCCACAUAAAGAAGAACAAAGACUGGCGUUCCGACCCAGCGAACGUGAUCUACCAGCAAGGAAAAGCCGUGGACUAUUUCAUCAUCGUUUUGGAGGGUCGCGUCGAGGUGACGGUCGGCAAGGAGAACCUCAUGUUCGAGGGUGGUCCGUUCACUUACUUCGGAACCCAGGCUUUGGUACAAACUGUGGGCAUAGUUGAAUCGCCGUCGGCAGCGCCCUCUACGAUGGGCAGCCUGGAGUCGAUAAACCUGGACUCGAUGCUGCGCCACACCUUCAUUCCGGACUACACCGUCAGGGCCUCGACGGAGGUGCUGUACCUGAAAGUGAAGCGCAGCAUGUACCUGGCCGCCAAGCGCGCCACCUUGAUGGAACGCUCGAAGCGCGACAACGCGCAGGGCGAGAAUUUCGACGAGGAGGUCGACAAGCUACUCCACUCUCUAGACGAGGACGACGGCGAGAGCCUGGGCGGCGGGCGCCACACGCCGCGCAAGCGCAGCUCGAAGAACCUCUCGCACCACCGCAACAGCCGCGGCGAGGCGCACGCGUCGCUGAACACCUCCCCCAAGACGCCCACGCGCCACUACGUGAACCAGAGCCCGCCGCACCGCCUGGCCUCGCGCGACGCCGCCGCCAACGGCUCCGUCAAGUCCUCGCCGGUCGACGACGUCGUCCACGAGGAGGUCUCGCUGCUGCCCAGGAGGUCAUAACAAAUGUUCGCGGGUCCGAGCCGAGCCGCGUUCGGGCCGCAACACACCAAGUACUUACUCUGUUAACUUAUUUUUUCUCCUCCCAGGUUGUCCGGACGAAGUUAGGUUAUUGACGACGAUUUUUAAUGCGAAUCCAGAGUGCCUGCCACGGUUUUAACGUCCAAACAAAGAAAUCACUUUAUAACACUUUUUUACAGCCAUUUUGCCCACCAAGUCUCACUAUGAUUUUCUUGUCUAGUUUGGCUCACUAAACGCGAAAAUCACACUUAAAAUUUUUUCCAUGGAAGCGUUUUUGAGAUAUGAAUUUUCAAUUGUUUUUUUUUUUAAUUUUCUUACACAACUUUCUCUUGUACAGUUUUGGUAUCGGCUCAGUUAAAAAAGUCUUUAUUUUUACAAAAAUCGAGGUCAAAAAUUUACAUAUUUUUCUGGGAAAGUCCAGUUAGUGGAAGUUUUUCGAGAAUUUUCACGUUUUUUCUUCAUUUUAUUGAAUUAUAUAAAAUGUAAUAAUAAACAUUGAUUUUUAUUUUAAACAAUCAAUAUUGAACAUUGAAGAUAUUGAAAGGUGUAAAAAAAAUUCUGGCUCCUUUGUUUUUUGUUGCUUUCGUAUUCCGUUUCUCGUAUGAGGGACCAAAUAUGAAAACGUUCUCCGUGCUCAUCACUUACGUCGCCCAGAUUGUCCGGGUUAUUUACGCACUCGAACUCUCUACUUCUUUAACUCAUUUUAUACUUUUUAUUAGAGAUGGGAAAAUUCCCAUUUGACGAAAAUUCCCGGAAACUUUCCAUCGAAAAUUCCCGAAAUUUCCGAAAGUUAAAAAAAAAAAAAUUUUAUUGCGAAAAUAUUU